AGGAUGAACGAAGUCGUAUAUAAAAGCCACCGCUCCGCUUAUCGUACACUCCAUCGGCCGAUUUCCCCGACAUCCGGUAACACGCAGAUAUGAAUCCAACUCUUGCGCUGUCCUGCAUGAUCGCGAUCAUGUUGUUCUGCGGAAGAUGUGAAGCAGCUCCUGGAUUAAUCACUGGCGUCCAUCGCAAUUUAGGAAAGCAUCCACAUAUCCGCGGAUACGCCGUGGAAGGCCUCAUGAAGGACCUCGUGGAAGAUCUCGUCGGUGAAGACGAGGACAAUUUGCGACUCAGCAAGCGCCAGCAGCUGGACGAUUACGGUCACCUGAGAUUCGGCAAGCGGUCCAACGGCGACGACGAAGAGUACGGGCAUCCGUACGGUCGAUAUUUGCGAUUUGGCAGAAAUAUCGAGUAAAACGCUAUCAUUCCGGAUUUCUCUACGUCGUAGAUCGUGAUCGUUCACUCGUGCUAGAUGUAGAUAGAAUAUAUUUUACAUUGCAGCUAUUA